GUGUACUGUUACUUCUACUGGCCUUAUAAGACUGCACGUUUUAGAUGAGAAACUGAGCCAUAAUAAAUAUUUGCUCAACUCUUCGGUUCACAAGGUGAAGUGGCUUUGGGCCAACUCGCUUGACCACUCCUGGCGGCAGCCUGAAGCCCUAGAUCCCUCCCUCUCCAUUCGAGCCAUCCCGGCCGGUGCCACAGAAGUCUUGACGAAUGGCCCAAACGCCGGGCCCCUGCUCGGAGAUACCCUGGUAAGACCAAGCAGGUUGGCAUCCAAUCUUCCCAACAAGAAUCUGCCCGCAAAUAUCCGAACAACACGGGCUCGUGCGCACGCGCGGACACGCAUUUGGGCGUGGCCUCGACCUUAGGUUCCGCCCAGCCGCGGUGCGCUUCCUCUUCCGACGAGAGGCGGGGCCGCGGCGUCCGCGGGAAACCCAGGCUGGUGGUGCUCCACUAGGUGCAUCCCGGGAAUGGCAGGCUCGGGGAGCUUGGUCCUGCGGCCCUGGAUUCGAGAGCUGGUCCUGGGGUCAGAUACACUCUCAAGUCCGCAGGCGGGGCAGCUGCUAGAGGUGCUACGAGAGGCCGAGGCUCCGGGCCCGUCCCGCGCCCCUGACUCGUCUGAUGUCGCGGCCACACUGCUUGUGUCUGACGGGACCCACAGUGUCCGAUGCCUAGUGACGUGGGAGACCCUGGACGCCUCGGAUUGGGAGGAGAAGGAGUUCGGCUUCCGAGGGGCAGAAGGCCGGCUGCUGCUGCUGCAGGAUUGUGGGGUCCGCGUCCAAGUCGCCGAAGGCGGCGCGCCCGCGGAGUUCUACCUCCAGGUGAACCGCUUCAGCCUGCUGCCUACUGAGCAGCCCCGGGAACGGGUGAUUGGUUGCAACCAAGACCCGGAUGUGCAGAAAAAGCUCUAUGACUGUUUGGAGGAGCACCUUUCAGAGUCCAUCUCCCCCAGUGCAGGCCUUUCACUGUCCCAACUUCUGGAUGAGGUGCAGGAGGACCAGGAGCAUCGGGGGGCGUUAGUGCACCUGGCUGAGAGCUGUCUGAUGCUGGCAGGCCCUUACACAGCACCCCCUCUUACCCGCUGGGCCUCCUCCCACCAUAGGACCACGGGAGAAGCUGUGUACACUGUCCCCAGCUCAUGGCUGCACAUCUCUGAGAAUGACCAGCGAGUUCUGAGCUCUCUGGGUCCAGGUCAGAGGACACAGGACCCUGAGCUGCCCCCACCAGACCCAGCUCUGGAAGACCUAUCGCUGACCCUGAUCUCUCCUUCCUCACCUACGUCCUCAGGAACCCCUGCUUUACCCGGCCACAUGUCCUCUGAGGAAAGCGGUGCCAGCAUCAGCCUUCUGCCUGCCCUGUCCUUGGCUGCUUCAGACCCAGUGCAGAAGGAUAGCUCCCGGCCUGUGCCAGCCAUCUGUUCAGCCCCUGGCCCCCUGCCCCCCAGUUCCAUACACCCUAGCCGUGGACCCAGAUCCCCACUCCUGAGCUGCACCCCAAGUCUCUCACCCCUUGGUCAUGUACCCAGUCCACAUCAGGCCAUUGUGACCAGGGCCCAGAAACCUAGCUUGGAGUUCAAGGAGCUAGGAUUGCCCCCCAAGAACCGGCAACACUCUCCAAGGACAAAAACGACCACAGGAGCCCUGGAGUCCAGCCCUGUUGGGGUCCCUCUCCAGAUACCACACCACCUUCAGGACCCUCCAAAGAAGCAUCGUGAUGGUUCUGCCUUCCAAUAUGAGUAUGAGCCACCCUGCGCCUCCCUCUGUGCCCAGGUGCAAGCUGUCAGGCUUCCUCCCCAGCUUGUGGCCUGGGCCUUGCACCUUCUGAUGGAGCCACAGCUGGAGUCUGAGCUCACCCAGGUGUGAGGGGUCAUGUGAACAUGUGGGAAGAUGUGUGCACACAGGUCCAUGGCUGGGGAUAAACCAAAAGUACUCCCCACUCUGCUUCGAGUUUUUUAAUAAAAUAAUCUCAUGCGGCAGGAAAA